AUGGCAACUUUCGCUAUACCUCGUGGCGAACCUUUAGAUCCAAAGGAAGAUUGUUCUCCUUUUGACAUAGGGUUCGUUUAUUCUACAAUUUCCAAGGCUUCUCCGGCAGAGAAGUUUCGCUUCAUCAACAAUGUUUGGAAGCCUUCUUUGAAUUAUAGUUUUCCUGCAUCGGCUGAAGCCGCAGGAAAGCUACGAAAGUGUAGACACGAGUGGUUAGUUCGAUUCACAUGGCUUGUGUAUUCAAAGUAUCUCGAUGGCGUCUUCUGUCUUCUAUGCCGUUGUUUUGGAAUACAAUAUGGCAAAAACGCAGCGAGGCUACAGAAGCUUUUCCGAUCGCCGCUUACUUUCUGGACAACGGCUGUAAGGCGACUCCAAAAUCACUCAUCCGGCAAGUGUGAAACACACAGCUUCUCUGUGGUGGCCAUGGCAAACUUCAUGGAUGUGAUGACGAGACGCACUGUGGCGAUUGACAAGCAGUUAAACCAGAUUACUUUUCGGCAGAUCCAACAGAAUCGUGAAAAGAUGAGGUCUAUUAUUAAGACAGUAGUGUUUUGUGGUCAGAAUGCAGUGGCUUUACGUGGUGCAAGAGAUGACAAUCCUGACGACGAAACUCUUCAGGGCAAUUUCCAUGCUUUGUUGGCUUUUCGUGUUGAUAGUGGAGACAAGACGCUGCAAGAACACUUUGAGAAUGCCCCUCGAAAUGCUACCUACCGUUCAAAAACAAUCCAGAACGAGAUUAUUAACACUGUUGGCAGUUACAUUACUUCAAAAAUAUCUGCAGAAAUUAAAGAAAGUAAGCUGUUUUCAGUGUUGGCAGACGAGGCAGCUGAUAUAUCCAACAAACAGCAGCUUUCCUUAGUCCUACGAUUUGUCGAUUCAAGUCAGCAGAUUCGAGAGGAGUUUGUUGGUUUCUACCAUUGUGAAUAUGGAACCAGUGGAGUGGCAUUGAAAGAGAUGAUUCUGAAGGCUGUAGCUGACCUUGGUUUACCAAUGGCUAACUGCAGAGGUCAAUCCUAUGAUGGUGCUGGCGAUAUGGCAGGAAAGUACAAUGGUGUUUCGUCACUUAUCCAAGGUCAGUUUAGCAAAGCUUUUUAUGUUCAUUGCAUGAACCACCGCCUCAAUCUCUGUGUUGCCGAUACUUGCUCUGAAUAUUUAGUUAAAGACAUGAUGUCUGUUGUAAGGAGUCUUUUCUCUUUCUUCUCUGGCUCUCCUAAACGGCAACAGCAUUUAAAAGAGAAGGUUAAGUCUUUAUUGCCUGCUUCCAAGCAUGAAGUUUUAAUUAAUGUUUGUGAGACCAGGUGGAUUGCUCGCCUUGAUGGCUUGGAUAGAAUUGUUGAGCUCCUUCUCCCAGUUGUAUGUACGAUAGAAGAUAUUGCACACAAUAGGAAAGGGGGGGACGAAGAAUCUGAUUCUGGUGAUUGGAAUCAAAAUAGCAAAGCAGCUGCUAAAAAGAUGCUGCCCUCUAUAACUUUUCAAUUUGUUGUUACUUUGGUCAUAGUUAGAUAUGUAUUAGACUUAACUAGACCUGCACUGUAA